AUGAUAGGAGCCACGAGGCGCUGGUUUCGGCGCAAUCGCAGAGGGCUUGCCGUGGGCGCAGCUGUCGUGGGAGCUAGCUAUCUGGCAGGCCAGUACUUGCUGUCUAAGAUCUCCGAGGCGCGAGAGCGUAUGAGUAGUGAUAGGAUCGCUCGUGAGAAUCUGCGACGGCGAUUUGAACAGAACCAGACUGAUUGCACUUACACCGUUCUUGCCCUGUUACCCACUGCGGCGGAAGAUAUUAUCGAGGCUCUUCCCGUGGAAGAGCUGACACAGGAGUUGCAGAAGAAACGCGCCGAACGGCUCGCACGGCUGAACGCCGGUGAAGCCACGAGCUCGGAUCUGAGUUCGGUGGCGCCCAGCAUCAUCGAAGAUGACCGGAAGAGCAUGUCUAGCUUCCAGAGCGAGAACUUCGUGCAUGCGAGCCAACUCGGCGAACAACCGGCGGGCGAAGGAGAGGGACAGCCACGGGUUAAACGCAAUAGAGCUCAGUUGUGGAAUGAGAUUAAGAUUUCCUCUAUUACACGCUCCUUUACGAUGAUCUACACCCUCUCGCUGCUGACGAUGUUCACUCGAAUCCAAUUGAACCUUCUCGGUCGUCGCAACUAUCUGUCCAGCGUGAUUUCUCUGGCCACACCGCCUGCGAAUGCGUCCGCCAUCAGACUCGAGGACCACGAUGACGAGUUGGCUCAGACGUUUGGAAAUGAUUUUGAAACAAAUCGGCGAUACCUUGCCUUUAGCUGGUGGCUACUUCACCGUGGAUGGCGGUACUUGAUGACUGAGGUUCAAGCAGCCGUGACGGAGGCUUUCGGGGCUCUCAGUCCACGGGAAGACAUCACUCUGGAGAAACUGUCCGAGCUUACCCUCCAGGUUCGCCAGAGGGUUGAAGGUGAUACCGAAGAGCAGCGACGUGUGCUGCAAGAAUCGGGAGUUCUGGGCGUAUCUGACCCCUCGUCUCCCCAGACGGCUUCAACACUGCGGACUUUGCUAGAUGAGACCGCCGAUCUGAUUGAGUCCCCGUCGUUUACACAGGUCCUGACCCUGCUCAACAACGAGGGUUUUGCAACGCUGGUCGAACAGAGGGUUGCUGCGGAAGCGUUCCGGUCGACGUCUUCCCUGCGGGAUCCGGAAACCGUCCCUCAGUCGUUUUCCUCGGUCGCCACGGUCGUGCCUCCAACUGGCGCCUCUGGCCUGAAGACGAAGCUGGCCAACGUCCUUGCUGUAAUGACACGGCAAGCCCACGCCAUCGGCAAUGGCUCCAAUCCACCGAACGACUACCUUGUUGCUAUGGAGCAGGGGGUGCGGGAACUCGAAGCCUUUGCUGCCGUCGCUAGUGAGCUGGCGAGCGAUCAGCCAGCGCUGGGGACUGUCAAUGAACGCAAGCUGAUGGCCAAGAUUGACUGGCACAUUCUUGCUCCUCUCUGUGUGCUGUAUCUACUUGCUUUCUUGGAUCGGGUCAACAUCAGCAAUGCAGCUGUCUUCGGACUUAAAACUGACCUCAACAUUACCUCGGGUACCAAAUACAAUGCCGCGUUGACGAUCUUCUUUGUGCCCUACAUCAUCUUCGAGAUCCCGUCGAACCUCCUGCUGAAGAAACUGAAGCCUCACGUGUGGUUACCCCUGUGCAUGUUCGGUUUCGGACUUGUCAUGAUCUGUCAGGGCCUGGUGUCAAGCUGGGGUGGUUUGAUGGCUGCGCGUUUUUUCUUGGGUGUCUUCGAGACGGGCAUGUUUCCAGGAUGUGAGUGCGGCUUCUAUCUCAUGGGUAUGUGGUACAAGCGCAGCGAAGCCCAGAAGCGCUUCAGCUUCUUUUUCAGCUCUACAACCCUUGCCGGUGCCUUUGGUGGUCUCCUUGCCAGCGCCAUCGGCAAGAUGAGCGGGAUGAGAGGCUACUUGGGCUGGCGUUGGAUCUUCAUCCUGGAGGGCACACUCACCUGCAUCGUCUCCUUCAUCUGGUUCUUCGUCAUCCCCGACUUCCCGGAAGAUGUCAAAUGGCUUACCGCGGAGGAGAGGGAGUUCCUUCAAGCUAAGUUGAGCAAAGAUGUUGGGAAAUCGGCACAUGAUACCAAGAUUGGGCUGCGUGAGGUUCUGGACGUUUUCAAAGACUCCAUCACGACACAGCUGUACUCUAUUCCUCCUUGGGCUGCCGCCUUUGGAUUGUCCUUAUGUGUCGCCUUCCUGUCUGACAAGUUUCGGCACCGGUUCGCCUUCGUCAUCAUUCCGAUUUGCAUCGCUAUUGCUGGUUUCGCGAUCCUGCUCACUGUCCAUGGAACUGCUCAUCGGCAUGUCGAAUACGGUGCUCUCUUCCUCGUCACUUCAGGCACCUACAGCGCCAUGCCUGUGAUUGUGUGUUGGUUCGCCAUGAAUCUGGGUGGCCAUCACCGUCGCAGUAUAGGAACUGCCUGGCAGGUUGGUUUUGGAAAUAUCGGUGGUAUCAUCGCCACCUAUUCCUUCCUUUCCAAGGAUGCUCCCCUCUACCGGCCUGGCUACAGCAUCUGUCUGUCUUUCAUCUGUCUCUCAGCAGUCGCUUGUACCGUCUAUCUUGUUGCUGUGUGGCACGAGAACAGAAAGCGAGACGCAAACAUGAUCACCAACCCGGAAGCCCUUGGGGAUAACACGGAAGAGGAUGUCGGGAUGCUGGGUGAUCUUGCCCCGGGAUAUCGGUACAACUAUUAA